AUGUCCUUUAAACAUGAAUACAACCUGAGAUCCCUUUGCGAGAUCUGUCUUGAGACAGCAAGGGGUGAAGAUUCUCAUGAUCCUGAGCUAGGGAAGGUCAUUCUUAAGGAGGAAAAAGGCUCAGAAAUAUUGGGAUCAAUGACCUUCAGGGAUGUGAUCAUAGACUUUGCUCAGGAGGAGUGGAAAUGUCUGAAUUCUGUUCAGAGGGAUCCAGAUGUGACGACAUUAAUGGAACAAAGGACAUAG